CUUGUUCCUAGAGUAAUAUGACGGAGGAAGUGGAAGUGGCUCGGCUGGACCUUGGUCUACUAGUGUUUUUAGCAGUAGGAGUUAGAUCAGUUUGCAUUUGGCCUUCCUAAAUCCGGACAGGGAAAGGAAAGGAAGACUUGAUUAUCAGGUCUGCUGCACGUGGAGCUCCAGCUGACAAACGCACCAGAGCUUUAUCUCUGUGGCCCCAGAUAUUUGGACACCAUGGCAACAGAGGGGGCGCCCACAGACACCAUGGCAACAGAGGGGCCGCCCACAGACGUGGUCAAAGUGCUCCAUCUCCUGGUGCUCUCCUUCUCCUGGGGCAUGCAGCUCUGGGUCUCCUUCAUAGCAGGCUUUGCGUUGGUGCGGCAGGUGAGUCGGCACACCUUCGGCCUGGUGCAGAGUAAGCUCUUCCCGGUGUACUUCCACUGCCUGCUGGCGAGCAGCGCGGUCAGCCUGGCUGUGUUCGCGGCGUACCAACCAACGCUGCUGCUGGACUGGCAUCAGAGUCUGCAGAUGGGUCUGUUCGUUGUGGCGCUGGUGGCGGUCAGUCUGAACGCGCGGUGGCUCGGCCCGGCGGCCACGGAGGUGAUGCUGCAGCUCCAGGAGGUGGAGAAGGAGCACGGUCUCGGGGGCCAGAUCGGCCUCGGCAGCCAGAAGGAGGCCUACGCCACGCUCAAAGACCAGGACCCCAAGUACAGAGCCUACAGGCGCUCGUUUGGCCGCUACCACGGGCUGUCCAGCCUCUGCAACCUGAUCGGCUUCAUCUGCACCACCAUUAAUCUGAUCUACACAGCUCUGAAGUUAUCCUCCAUUUAGAGCAGAGUAGGAUGUCCCCAUCACUAGGGCUGGCGUAGGGAAUAUUAGGUCUAUGGCUGGGAACUAAUUCUGAAGUUCUGCAGAAACCGAACGCUGUCAAAAAGCCCAAAUGUUCAGCCCAAUCAGAAGCCCAAUCCUGGAUUCGGUGCAUCCCUGAUAUAAAUUACAGCAAUUGUUCUUUUUACAGAAAAAACAACAUUAUUAUUAUUAUUACGUUGUAUUCUAUUUAAAUUGCAGAAAUUACCUGGCACCUCGAGUAGCUGUUCAUACUUCACAAUACAAACUGUUGGUUUACACCAUCGAUUGGUUUUGUUUUUUAUAUUUGCAGCUUUGCUAAUUAUGCAUAUUAUAUAUAUAUAUUGUUUUGAAUGAGACCAUGGCUUGCUGUUAACCCAGAAUCCAUCACCAUUGCAUUAGAUUCUCUUUCCACUUCCACCAGUUCACACUAACAACAAGUUCUUACCUCUAGUUUUAUGCUAAUCAUUUUAAAUUGAUGGUCAGUACAGCGCAUGUAGCCUAUAUGAAAUUAUAUCUAACUUUUGAGUUAAAAAAGCAGAAAGUAUGAUCUAUUUUGACUAAUAUUUAAGAUCAGAGGAACGUAUGUUGAUGGAUAAUCACAGACUGUCAAAGUUAAGUCAGAAAAAUGCUAUAUAAUUCAACAAAACACCCAAAAUUCAAUUAAAGCAGUGAACUGAUCUAAAUUUGACAUGUGAAGAGUGUUUCAUGGAACCUUCUGUGUUACUUUUUGGGCAAUUUGGCUCUAAAAAAAAAAAAAGUAAUAUUCUGAUAUAGAAACUUUGAAAACAGGAGAGUUAAGAACAAAAGUUAUUUUAGAAACACACUUAGAGCACACCUAAUAAUCCCCAAAGCUCAGGCAGCGGGGGGGCAGUUUACCAGCAUCCCCAGCAGGGGGCCAUGUUUGGACAAAGGUGUUUUCAGGGAGAGUUUGUUGCUGAGCACAGCUUCCUGCAGUUUAGUGCCUUUUUACUAGUCAAAUAUUGUGCUUCCAGUUAAAUAAUAAUAAUAAUACAUUUAUUUGUAAAGCGCUUUCAAAUCAAAGUGCUAUACAGAACAUAGAAAAUACAAUUUAAAAACAUUUCUAAUAACUAAAACAGAAGUAAACACCCACUCAGACUCUCAGGAAAACAUCCAGAGAGAAAGAGGCCUCAUACCAGACAGCAACCGACAGUCUUCAACAGGACGAGCCUGCCUGAUGUCCCGAGGAAAAGAGGAAAGAACGAGCCCGUUCACCAAUUGUCUUCUUUGUAACCUGGGGGUGGUGAUGGCGCAGUGGAUAUGACACAUACCUUUGGUGUGGGAGACCCAGGUUCAAAUCCCACUGCAAUUGGUUGAUGACCAAUGAGUCCCUGAGCAAGACCUUUAACCCCUAGUAGCUCCAGAGGUGUGCGACCUCUGACAUAGAUAGCAAUUGUAAGUUGCUUUGGAUAAAAGCGUCAGCUAAAUGUGACCUUUGGGACACUCCGAAGAGCCUUCCCCUGAGAAGUCAGAGUAAUAAGUAUACUGAAGAGGGAAGCUCUGGCACUGUGCUGUUGUUACAGCAUCACCUUAAACCUUAUGGCCCUCUGGACCUUCCUCCAGAGUUUUCAGAAUCACAAUCCUUUCUUUAUCCCUCAGGGGAAUUGAUGAGUUGCAGUUACUUACAGUCAGAUUUAAGGUUGAAAGAAAUAAGAGUAAGAAAACUAACUUUAUACACAAACUGUCAGUUUGUGUAUAAAGUAACAGAGAUAUACUGCAAGAAAUAAUAAAGUUAAAGUCUAACUCUUGCCAAAAUGUAACCUGUAGGGUGUUUUUGUGAAUGUACCCGAGUCAGACUUUAGUUUAAAAGCAUAUUUAGGAUGGACACUUUUUGACUGGCGAGAUGGACGGCGAGCAGCUACGGUGAGUUGUUAAACUCUGCCUCCCAUUCAUUUAGCCAUCUUUGUAUAAUUUCAUUAUUUAAUUAUGGAUUUGGCUUCACCCUUCCCCAUUGGAACAUUAAUUUGUAUAUAUGUUUGUUUAUAUUUCGUGCAAAUUAUUUCUUGGUAAUCAGAAUCAGCUUUAUUUAAAGGAUGCUGGAAUAAAUAAAUAUGUUAUUAUAUUAAGUAUUAUAUUACAAUAUGAACAGCUCUGAAAUAGAGAAUAAUAAGUGGAACCAGUAAACAGGUUGCAUGUUAAAUCUGUGAUUGGGAGAUUAAACUAAAUAUCCUUCAUGUGCGUCUGCUGUAUUAAAUAUGUAAAUAUAAUAAAAAUAUUCUGCUUUAUUAAAUAUGGAA